CUCUCUCCUCCUAAGGUACAGGACGAUGAUGGAAACAUUAAAUGAAUUAGCCCAGCUGAGAGACUCUGGGUUCGGCCGACCCUGGCCCAGACACGGACUCAAUCUCCUCUACUGGUUUGCCAAUGACUGUGUUUCUUUUGGCAAUGACAACAUCAUGCUCUCUGAAUGUGACCCAGCCGACGGAGAUUUCGGUUUUCACUAUUUUGAGAACAGAUAUGACGAAUAUGGGGAUCAACUUCUCCCAGACAUCGAUUUCCCUUACUAUGUGGUUGGAAAUCUAAAUUCACCAGGAGCUGAAGAACUCCCUGAAUACGUCUCAGAAGACAACUCUACUGACCAGCACACCAGCAACACGGACCGCAUCAUUGUCAGUCUCUACGAUGAGGAGUGGUUUCAUAGAGUUUAUGUGACUCAACACCACGACCGCUCAAACUACGAUCCAGACGCCACUUACCGGAUCUCCAGAGGCCUUCUCAUGAUCAUCAGGAGGAUGUGUUUAAAUACGUUUCUGGAGGAGAUGGAUUAUAAUACAUAUAUACAGCCUUUCUUACCAACACCUGUCUUCAAUUACAGACCUCCAACUACAAACACAGUCAGACCAAAUGUCACCGCGAUCACUCCAUCAUCCAGUGAUUCAGAUGACAGUGAGCAUGAGAUAGAUGAGGACAAGAAAACAGGUUAUUACACAUUCAUACCAACACCUGCCAUCAAUUACAGGCCUCAAACUACAAGUACAGCAAGUCCUCCAUCAUCCAGUGAUCCAGCACACAAACAGCCUCCAGCAGCACAGAGCCAUGACACCAAAAUCCAGAUAAAUGACAACGAGAAGACAGGUUAUUACACAUACAUACCUGAUCUUUUAGUCUUACCAACACAUGUCGGCAAUUACAGGCCUCAAACUACAAACACAGUUAGUCCAGAAUUCACUGUAAUUCCUCCAUCAUCCAGUGAUCCAGCACACAAAGAGCCUCCUCCAGCACAGAGCCAUGACAUCAAAAUCCAGAUAAAUGACAACGAGAAGACCGUUUCUUUACCAAAACCUGUCGUCAAUUACAGACCUCAAGCUACAAGUACAGUCAGUCCAGAAUUCACUGCGGCCACUAUAUCAUCCAGUGAUCCGGCACACAAAGAGCCUCCUGCAACACAGAGCCAUGACACCAAAAUCCAAAUAGAUGAUGACACGUCUACACAACAGCACUCAGCGAACCUACCCAAGAAGAAGGGAUUAUGCAAAAGAUUCUGCACCAUACUGUAA